AUGAAAGAAGAAAAAAACCCUAAUUUCAACGAAUCAUUGAAGAAUAACCCUAAUUGUGGAGGUUGUCGCACAUUGCUAAUGUAUACAUGUGGCGCUACAAGUGUCGGAUGCUCUUGUUGUCAUAUUGUGAAUCUCGCACAAGUUGCCAAUCAGCUUGCUCAAGUAAAUUGUGGAAAUUGCAGAACUACGCUGACAUAUCCAUAUGGUGCUCCAUCAGUUAAAUGUGCAAUAUUUCAGUAUAUUACAAAUGUUAAUAUGAGCAAUGGAAGAAUUCCGGUUCCAGUGCGACCAAAUGGAACCGCAACAUCAGGAUUAAUGCCCCUUGUUUCUACCGUGAGUUCCUGUUUCUUCCCUUAAACCCUAGAUUAGAAGCAAUUCUCAAAUGAUGAUGGAUAGAGCAUACAAUAUGUAAUGACGGGAUUGAAAUUUGCGUUUUCACCUCUGAUACACCAAUUAUCUGGCUCCAAAUCACUAGACGAUUGGGCCAUCGCUGAUUC